AUGUUGUACAACAUAUGCAUGGUCUCUGACUUUUUCUAUCCCAACAUGGGAGGAGUAGAAAGUCAUUUGUACCACUUGUCACAACGGCUAAUUCAAAGAGGACACAAGGUUAUUAUAGCUACACAUGCGUACGGCAAUCGGACAGGUGUUCGUUACUUGACGAAUGGACUCAAAGUAUACUACGUGCCUACGCUAGUAAUACACUACGAAGCCACACUUCCCACUCUCUAUGGAUUCUUCCCUUUGCUCCGCAAUAUCUUGAUCCGCGAAAAUAUUGAUAUAAUUCAUGGCCAUGGUGCAUUCUCAGCGCUAUGUCAAGAGGGGAUCCUACACGGCAAAACUAUGGGUUACAAGGUGUGCUUUACAGAUCACUCAUUGUUUGGAUUUGCAGACGCCAGUUCAAUCUUGACCAAUAAGCUGCUGAAAUUUACGCUAAGUGAUAUUGAUCAUGUUAUCUGUGUCUCUCAUACUAGUAAAGAAAAUACGGUAUUACGAGCGGCACUUUCUCCACGAAACGUAUCUGUUAUACCCAAUGCUGUGGUAGCUUCACAGUUUAAGCCUGAUCCAUCUGCAGCGGAUCCCAACUGGAUUACCGUUGUGGUAAUCAGCCGCUUAGUUUACCGUAAAGGAAUGGACCUACUCGUAGCAAUUAUCCCACGGAUAUGUAGUAUGUACAGAAACGUCCGUUUCAUCAUUGGUGGUGACGGACCAAAACGGAUUGAUUUGGAACAGAUGCGAGAAAAACACUUAUUGCAUGAUCGUAUUGAGCUUUUAGGUUCGAUCAAACAUCAUGACGUGCGAAAAGUAUUAGUUCAAGGCAACAUCUUCCUCAAUACCAGUUUAACCGAAGCCUUUUGCAUUGCGAUCGUCGAAGCUGCAUGCGCUGGGUUAUUUAUCGUAAGUACCAAAGUUGGUGGUGUACCCGAGGUAUUGCCUAGCCAUAUGGUUAAUUAUGCUAUGCCAGAAGAGGAUGAUCUAGUUAUCGCCAUUUCAAGAGCAAUACACAUGAUCCGAUACGAAGAAGUAGAUCCCAGACGGUUUAAUGAUGAGCUUAAAGAUAUGUAUAGCUGGUCUAACGUUGCCGAACGUACCGAAAAGGUUUACGACUUGAUAUCUCAAACACAAGAAGCACCCUUAAUUGAAAGAUUGCGCCGAUACUACGGUUGUGGACUUUAUGCUGGCAAAAUAUUUUGUAUGGUCAUGGCACUUGAUUAUUUGUUUUGGAUAUUUCUGGAAAUCAUGCUGCCUCGCCACUCAAUUGAACGUGCGGAAACAUUCCCGUAUAAACAAUACCGCGAAUAUUUUAAUAACCGGCCAUCAUCAUUACCGACAUCAUCGCCAUUACAACUACAGCAACAACAAGAGAACGAAGGCGGAACGGAGAAAGGAUAUGAAGAGUAA